AUGAGGACAACUGUUAAGACUUUCUUCGAUCCAAACAAAGUCUAUUUAAUGACCGGAGGUUUGGGAGGCUUUGGACUCGAGCUCAUCCAAUGGAUGCACUACAGAGGGGGUCGAAAAUUUAUGGUCACUUCCAGUAAUAAAAAUCUUUCUCUCGAUUUGUUGGUCUCGACGGCCAAUGGAAUGACUAUUGAAGGCACACAACGACUGCUAAAUGAGGCCAAAGAGUUGGGACCCAUUGGAGGGAUAUUCGCUCAUUUGGAUCAACUGAGCCGACAGUUGGCCUACAAAUUGGAUUAUUUUGUGGUCUUCUCGUCGGUGUCAUGUGGUAAAGGAAAUGGAGGUCAGAGUAACUAUGGGUUUGGGAACUCUAUGUGCGAAAGGAUUUGCGAAGAGAGACGUAGGGAUGGUCUGCACGGACUGGCCGUACAGUACGGACCCAUUGGAGACGUAGGAGUGAUCGCUGGUGUGGAUCAGGGCUUAGGGUUUACAUCAAUGAGGAAACAACGGAUUCACUCGUGUUGUGAUGUUUUGGACAAAUUGCUGGCAAUUAAUACACCGAUUGUUACCUCUUAUAUUCGGGUGAAUAAGCAAACAAAAGAGGGAACUCCUCAACAAAACUUCAUUCAAAGUAUUUGGAAAGAUAUGAAUAUCGACCCAAAUGUCACCCCAAAUGACACCACUUUGGCGGACAUAGGGAUGGAGUCUAUGUUUGCGGUGGAAAUGCAACAGAAGUUGGAAAAGGACUACAAAAUGAGUUUAACUUUAAAUCACAUCAAAAGCUUAACCGUUGGUAUACUAAAGGAGAGCGAAAAUGCCAAAACUGACCUUGUUAAGCCUUACCUCAAUUCCCUGAGACAGUCCACGGAUUUCUUAUUGAAAUAUAACUUUAAUAUCUCUAAUGAGAAGACAAUUGCAUUAAACAAAUGCCAAACCGGGAAACGAUUGUAUAUUUUGCCGCCAUUUGAGCUCAACUUUACGGCUUGGGAGGAGUGGGCGCUUCAGACCAACCGACCCGUCAUUGGACUCAAUUGGACGCCUGAAGUGAGUCGACUGUCCACUCAGGAAGAGAUCACCAAAUAUUAUGUCAAUCUAUUGAAACAUUUGGAGCCAAUGGAUGGUAAAUACGAAGUGAUCGGCCAUUUGGAUGGCGCCGUCAUUUGCACCCAAUUAGUGGCCAAAGGGAUGGCCGACAAAGCGGUGGCUAUCGAUGCCAUCAAUUAUAAGCACUUUUAUGUCGACAACAAAUUAAAUGACGAUUUUAUGCUAAAAUUCGUGAUUAAAUCGCUGUUAAAACAAAUCCCCGAUUCAUACGUCAAUAAAGUAAUGAAAGGUUUGAGAGAUAUGUCAGACAUUAAGACAAAGAUUGCGAUUAUUGGCAAAGAAUUGGUUGGUUUGGGCGGAAGAGGACUCGUGGCCACAGAUUUGACAAACAUUUUGAAGAUAAUGUUUGCGAGAAUUGAAUGCCUUUUGGAGUAUAGACUCAAUACAAAGGCUAUGAAUACAAACAAAUGGUCGCAAAACAGCACUAAAUUAGUUGUCAUUAAACCCAUUGAACACAAUCUGACUAAUGAUACAGAGGCUGAACACCAGGAUCAAUUGAAUGACAAUUAUUUCUUAUCAGAGCUAAUGAAGGCCUGCGUCAAGAGCACCAGGAUGGUCCGGGGCAUCUCCGGGGGCUUUCCGGGGGGCAUCUCGUACUGCGACCAAUCGCAAUAA